AUGUCCAAAACUUGCAAUGUCGAGGUGAAGGAUUCGACAAUCAGUGGUGCCGGCCGGGGCCUCUUCGCAUGCGGAGAUUUCCAGCCUGGCGAUUUAGUCCUCGCUGUCGACCGGCCCCUGUUCGCUGAACUCGAUAUUCAUCGCCUUCAGGACACUUGCGCAUGGUGCUUCCAGCGAGCCGCAACAGAUCAAAUCGAACGGGCCCAGGCUGCCUCCAUGGGAUUGCCAAAUGGGUUCAUCGAGGUCAAAGCAUGCACUGGAUGUCGCCGGAUUUCGUACUGCUCCAAGUCAUGCCAAAGCAAGGCCUGGAAACGCGAGCAUAAGUAUGAGUGCAAGGCCCUGGCUCCAAAGGAUCGGCCUGACCUCCCCGAUGCUGUGCGCUCAACGAUCAAGCUGUUGGGGCGCAUGAAGGCAGAUGACGGCAAGUACGACAAGCUGGCUACUAUCUUGUCUUUCAGACCAUUCGAAGGGGGCAAGGGGGUCGAGGAAUUCGGCCACCGAAACAGGAAGCUUCUCGAAGACUUCAACAUGUUCGGCUUCGCGGCGUGGAAAUAUGCGGGCGAGCCCAAGAUGCGGGAAGCGGACUCCCAGGCCGUUUCCAAAGCUUUCGUGCUCAAUAUUAUGUGUAACAAAUUCGCAUUAAGCUCGCCGCUGGACGACACUCAUCUAGGCAUCGGAUUCGACCCCAUGAUUUGCAGCGCAAAUCAUUCCUGCGACCCCAAUGUCGUGUUGGUCUUUAACCAGCCGGUUGCACUUCUAAGAGCUACAAGACCCAUAAAGAAGGGUGAAGAGAUGUUCAUGAAGUACAUCGACGUUACGAACCCCUUGAGUGUGAGGCAAAACGAGCUCCAGGAUACUUAUUACUUUAGUUGCCAAUGCCCCAAGUGCAAGAAGGGAAGUAGCUUUCCGGAGGAUACUUUCACUAUUCCGCCAGAGGAGCUGUCGUCCGAGUAUCGUACUCUCGCAGACAAGCUGGCCCAGAAACACGAGGCACAGCUGUCGAGGUUCUUUGUGCCUGCCAGUGAUGAAACGGCUCAACAACGGCUGGCUGCCCUGCAGGCCGAAGCAUUCUCAGUGUCAGGCACAGUCACCGAUGUCAAAAACCCAACUCCAGAAGAAAUCAAGGCGACACUCAAGAUGUGCAUCAAAUCCGGCCUGUGGAAAUGGACCAGACAGCCAGUGCCGCAAUUAUGCCGCCAACUCUUCAGCUUGUACAUCGCGAAUGGGGACCCUUACAGAGCGUUUCGACUGGGCUGCAAGAUCUACUUCGAGAUCACGCCCGGCCUGUACCCUCAAGCCUUCUACCCCGACCGGCUGAUCGACACGUGGGCCAUGUCGACCGUCGUCAACGUCCUCUGUGGGCCGAUGAACAAGCAGAUAUACGAUGAGCUGAUGCAGGGCGGCGUGGACUUGCGUAUAGUCUAUUUUGGAUUCCUGUUUGACGUUCACGACAAUGCCCCCAAGAUGUUCGGCCUCGAUUCGCCGUUCGGGAGGGUCGUCGACAACACGUACAAGCAGAUCAUGGCUGGGGUCAACAUCCAUGAGUCGGAGAUUCGGGACAAGAUCAAAGCUGUCUGGCCGUCUCUCGAGAUCAUUGCACGUAGUGUUGAUGUGCUCAGCUUGUAG